UUGACAAUGGAUUCUUAUCUGAGAAUUAUCAGAGACUGUCAGGUGCAAAAUCCACCUACUGAUGAAGCAGUUACAGUAAAAAUUAAUUUUCAACGACAUGCAGACAGGGAUACAAAUCACAAAAUAAUUUUAUUUCAACACUGGACUGUUCCACCCCUAAAUCUGAACACGUAUAUAAGGUGGACCGUUCACAUCGCUCAUUCUGCCUGCACCAGCAUCAGCUCUGCAGUCAAGAUGAAAUUCACUAUUGUGACUACCGUCCUCCUUGGACUCCUGCUGACUCCAGCCCUGGCUGAUUACAAUUUGGAUACUGAAGGUAAUCAGCACUCUAAUGGAAAUCACCAAAACAUAAACGAGGUCUUCCAAAAGACUCCAAUCAUGAGAAAGCAAGUCAGUGUUGCUGGAGGCCUCCAAACUCUGACCCUCCACAGGCAACGGCGCAUUGCAACUAUCCAUCAAGAGGGCAGCCAGGGGUCAUGGAAAACUAUGUGGAACUACAAUUCGGGUGCAGUUGCAACCAAAGUGCUGCCACAGAGAGCCUGCUACGUUUCCAAGGUGGACAGAAAGCAGCUGCCUCACUUUGAUGAACUUUCUGCAGUGGCUGAUGAGAGCAUGAGCCAGAAAGGUCAAACACAACCUUCAAAGAAGCUCACAUUCGUCACUGAGAGACGCAUCCGUGACCCCAGGUCUUAUGGACAAGACAUCGUUGAUCUGUGCAGAGGACUCCCCACCUAUAAUGCUUACGUAGUCUUAGGUGAGUACAGGCAUAUGGAAUCCAUCUAUGACUAG